AUGUUGCAUAAUCAUAAAAAUGAUCAAUUGACUGAAGAGGAAUUAGUAAAACUACAAAUAUGUAUAGAGGAUCUUACUACUGCAUAUGGUGACAUAAAAAGUAUAUAUCAGGCUACUCCUUACUUUAUCAAUAAACUGAUCUCUAAAGAUCAACCUACAGCAAAGGAUUUUCUGAAAAGAUCUGGCCUUUCUGAUGAAAUUAUAUGUGAUCUUAAUUUCUUUGAUCAGUAUACUUUGGAGGCUAUUAUUAUUUAUGUACUUAGUUCUCUCUUCCACUGUAUUCAGGAGACCCCUGCUGUUCGCGUAUCCACUCUGAUAGAACAUCUUGAUAUGUAUGUUAAGUUCCAAGCUAAUUUGUUGAAAAACAGAUAUACGGCUAUAAAUCCUUCGAAGUCUGAUAGAAUCAAAUCGAAUUAUACUACUGAUAACAAUAAGCAGGCUACUGAUAACAAUAAGCAGGCUACUGAUAACAAGAGAAAAUCGAAAGUCUUUUAUAUCGGUGUGUUAUUGGUAGAAUUCUUAGUGAAUAGAGAGUUGAUUUCUCUUUCAAAAGAAUUGAGCUUUAAUGAUUUAUAUGUUGCUAAGAAGAAAGGUAAGUAUUAUUUACCAAUCAAUUAUUACGCAAUAUGUAAUUUUGAUCUCAGUCUCCUUCCGAUCAAACUCAAUCUACCAAUGGUAUGUAAGCCUAUGGAUUGGAUAUCCACAAGUGAAAACCCUUCAUCUCUAUCCGAUCUGCGUGGCGGUUACUUAAGCAUGCCUAUUGGUGAUUUUUAUCAAAAUCGCUAUCGCCUAAUAAGUUCCCGUGACUUGUUCCAUUUCCAUAUUAAGUUUGAAAAUGAUUACACAAAAUUGUGCAAAAUCAUGAACGAUUUACAGUCGCAUGCUUUUGAGAUUAACAUAGAUGUAUUAACCUUCAUUAAUCAGAAUUACGAUCUAUUAGUGAAAUCUGGUCUACUUAUGCCUAAAUUUUUAGCUUCUUUAAAUAUAAAAAAUUCAAUUGACCUAUUGAGAAUGUCUUACUUAGAGGAUCCGUCUUUGACGAAAAUUUCGAAUUAUCAAAAUUUGGUUAAGGAGUUCAUGAAGCGUAUCCAACGUGCUCGUUAUGAAACCUUCAUAAUAAAUCUAGCAUCAGCCUACGAAGGUUAUCGAUUUUAUCUGCCGGCCUUCCUUGACUUCCGUGGUAGAAUCUACCGCUCUGGGGCAUUACAUUUCCAUGAACGUGAUUUGGCUAGAAGUCUAAUAGUUUUUUCUGAUACACCUUAUGACAAUUUUCAAUUGGAUAGUGAUGAAAAGAAGGAUAAUGUUUAUAUGGUAUUAAGCUCAGCAGCAGCUUUUCAUUAUAAGAAGUUCAUUUCUUAUGAUGAUGCUCAUCAAUGGUAUCUCGAUCACAAAAGUGUGAUUAAUUCAUCGGAUGAAAGUCUCAUCCAGUUAGCUGUUUCUGCGAGUGACCCCUAUCAGUUCAUAAGCAAGGUUCUAUGUAUCGAAGGCGGUAAGACUGAUCCUAGGAGAAUUCCUAUCACGCAAGAUGCCUCUGCAAGUGCUUAUCAGCUCAUGAGUUUUUUCUUGUUAGAUAAAGAAAUAGCUAAACAUACAAAUCUCAUACCCGCUUCUUAUGUAUAUGAUCAAAAGAUCAAUGAUAUUUACACCUUCUUUCUAGAAGAGAUUCAGGUUUACUUGCAUAAUAAAAUGACUGAAAAUCUAUUAAAGGUAAUUUGUCCUCGUCUUACUCGAAAAUUAAUCAAAGUACUCUUCAUGCCAUUGAUAUAUGGUAAGACGGUCUCAGCAAUGUCUGAUGAUAUUUUUAAUCAUUUUUCAACUAUUGUUGAAACUGAGUUUUCACAGUUAUUAGGUAGAGGGGAAUCUACGAUAGUAGCAUUUCACAUGAAUAAGUUCUUUCAAGAUAGAUUUCCGGGUAUAGUCAAUCUAAUGGAAUUGAUCCGAAAUGUUGGUUGGUUAUCUUCCGCCUUGAGUAAACCCGUAUUCUAUAGUAUACCUCUAUACACAACAGUACAGGACUAUAUGAAAACGAAAGCAGCCAAAAUACUUCUAUACGAUCGUAUCCACAAGAAAAGGCGUCAAGUGAGUCUACGAAUUCCCACGGAAGAUCGGGAUCAAAGGAAGACUCGUUCUGCUACCUUUGCCAACUUCAUUCAUCAGAAAGAUGCUCAAAUAGCAAUGUUAAUGAUAUUUAACAUGAUAACUAUUGGUGCGCCUGUCUACACUGUUCACGAUAAUUUCAUUACUACAGCUCCUUACGCUAUGCGCAUCCCAAAUUUAUAUAUUUAUAAUAUUAAGGAGAAUGACCCAUUAUUAAUUAUAAACUAUUAUCUUAUUCGAAAUCUGCUGGAUGGCAGGGCUUCGCUACAUUCCCUGGAUAAACCGCUUCCACUUGAUUUUCUGAAAAGAUUGAGAAUUGCUGGAGUUGAUUUCAAUAUGCCAUUCUUAAGAUGUAUUGACUGUGAUAUGAUAUUAUUUGCUGUUAUUCGACUACUAAUCAAGUACGCUUACACUACUAAGUCUGAUUAUGGGAAGUUUACUAUUAGUUAUGUCAUGAGGAUACCAUCCGGAGAAGUACCCUUUACAAUUAGUAAUGCUCUCACUUUUAGAGAGGAUGGGAAAGAUUUGCCAGUCUAUGCUUUGAUUGAUCAACUUGUCAGGAAGAAAGCAGAGGAUUACAAUGAUUCAGAGAUAUCUCGCAUUAAUAUUAGAAUCUAUCUUUCUGAAAUGAAGGAUAGUGCGACGCCAAUUAUCUCCGAUGACGAGAUUGCUAGCAAGCUCUGGGAAUGCAUCGAAAGCAUGGUGGUGGUUGAACCUAAAAAAGCGAGAACGAUCGGACAUCGUAAGCGUCGUUAUCUAAAGCAUCUCACAGCACUCAAACCUAAAAAAAGUCAAAGGCAGCCAUUCAUUGUUGCUGAUAUUGAGACAGUUUUCCGAAAUCAAAUUCAUGUGCCUUACGCUGUGGGUUUCUUAGUGGUUAGACCAGGUGAUGAUCUGUAUUCAGCGGAGACGGGCAUUGAGACAUAUUUCAGUGAAGAUUACCCAGAUUUUGUCUUCAAAACCUUUGAAGAAAGGAGCAAUAGGAUGUUGUUCGACUUUAUAGAACGUCUAGCUGUUGUUGUUAGACAAAAUCCAUCGAUUCGAACGGUCUACUUCCACAACUUAUCACGAUUUGAUGGCAUUCUCUUACUGAAAUAUUUAGUUACUCAUGGUGAUAAGUACAAGGUCAAACCUCUUAUGAGGAACCAUAGGCUAUACCAGAUAGCUGUCUAUCUUGGUAAGAAGCGGCUAUUCCUUCUAAGGGAUUCCUUAACACUGCUCACGAGUAGUCUUGAUAACUUAGCCAGAAAUCUCUGUCCUCAAUUAGGAUCAAAAGGAACCAUACCAUAUGACGAAGUGCAAGUCUCGAGAGAUGGUCACUAA